GUUAGGGGGUGAGGGGGGUGUCGGCGCAGGCCCGCCGGACCGGUGAGAGUGCGUGUCUGCGCUGCGCCCCGCGUGCGCGCCAGCUCGCCUCCACUCCCGCGGGCCCGAUGCAUGCUGCUGGGAUGUGGCAGCCCAUGCCGCUGGUGUAAAGAGCGUCAGCCCGGCCCGGGAAGGCAGCUGAGCCGGACUCGAGCCACUCGGGGUACAGUAGCAUCCUGAAUCCUGGGACCCUUGUUUGCCCACCGAAAACGCUCUCCGUGGGCUCCGGAUUCCCAGGACUGAACUGUAACUGCAGAAGCAACAAGUAACCCCUUUAAGAUGCUUGUGGGGCUGCAUAGAAUGAAGAGGGAAACUGUAGAAAACAAUGAAGUAAGGAAAAAACAUGUUUCCCAGGUUUAAUAGGGAAAUCUGCUUUCUGCAAGCAAGUGAAAAAGCUGCCCUUACAAACUAUUCCUUUGGCCCUCAUGGAGUAGCUGGAACUUGUACUAUGAGGCCCUUGAUGGGAUAAGCUGUCACUUGCUAAUCACCCAGUGACUGUCACCAUGGCUAGCAAGAGGAAAUCCACCACCCCCUGCAUGAUCCCAGUGAAGACUGUGGUGCUGCAGGAUGCCAGCACGGAGGCCCAGCCUGCUGAGGCCUUGCCCCAAGCACCCCAGCAGGAUCUGCCCCCAGAAGUGCCUGCCACCAGCAGCGAGACCACCCAGAACGCCAGCAGUACUGAGGGUUCUGCCCUGGCCAACGGGCAUCGGAGCACUUUGGACGGCUAUUUAUAUUUCUGUAAAUACUGUGAUUUCAGAUCCCACGACAAUACCCAGUUUGUGGGACAUAUGAACUCAGAACACACAGACUUUAAUAAAGACCCAACUUUUGUUUGUGCUGGGUGCAGUUUUCUGGCAAAAACCCCGGAGGGGCUUUCCCUGCAUAAUGCCAAGUGUCACUUGGGGGAAGCCAGCUUUGUGUGGAAUGUGGCCAAGCCAGACAAUCAUGUGGUCGUAGAGCAGAGCGUCCCUGAGAGCACCAGCACCCCUGACCUGGCAGGCGAGACCAGCGCCGAAGGGGUCGAUGGCCAGGCAGAAAUUAUCAUUACCAAAACUCCAAUCAUGAAGAUAAUGAAAGGCAAAGCUGAAGCCAAAAAAAUUCAUACACUCAAGGAGAAUGUCCCCAGCCAGCCUGUGGGUGAGGCUUUACCAAAGCUGUUGGCUGGAGAAACAGAGGUGAAAGAGGGCGACCACUCUUUUGUCAACGGGGCCAUCCCAGUCAGCCAGGCAUCUACCAGCUCCACAAAACCAACCCAUGCUGCCAACGGGCCUCUGAUCGGAACGGUCCCAGUUCUGCCGGCUGGGAUAGCACAGUUCCUGUCUCUCCAGCAGCAGCCCCCUAUGCAUGGCCAGCACCAUGCCCACCAGACACUGCCCACAUCCAAGGCCCUUCCCAAAGUGAUGGUCCCCCUGAGCAGCAUUCCAGCGUACAACAUGGCCAUGGACUCCAACAGCUUUCUGAAGAACUCCUUCCACAAGUUCCCCUACCCAACCAAAGCUGAGCUCUGCUACUUGACUGUGGUGACCAAGUAUCCAGAAGAGCAGCUCAAGAUCUGGUUCACAGCCCAAAGGCUGAAGCAGGGCAUCAGCUGGUCCCCUGAGGAGAUCGAGGAUGCCCGGAAGAAGAUGUUCAACACCGUCAUCCAGUCUGUGCCUCAGCCCACAAUCACGGUUCUAAAUACUCCCCUGGUCGCCAGUGCUGGCAACGUCCAGCAUCUCAUCCAGGCUGCUCUCCCAGGUCAUGUCGUGGGACAGCCAGAGGGCACAGCAGGAGGACUUCUGGUCACUCAGCCACUGAUGGCCAAUGGGUUGCAAGCACCAAGUUCAUCUCUUCCCCUCGCAGUUACAUCUGUCUCCAAGCAGCCAAGUGUGGCACCCAUCAACACUGUGUGUUCAAAUACAACAUCAGCUGUGAAGGUGGUUAAUGCAGCCCAGUCGCUCCUCACGGCCUGUCCCAGCAUAACUUCCCAAGCCUUCCUUGAUGCUAGCAUCUAUAAAAACAAGAAAUCUCACGAACAGCUGUCAGCUCUGAAAGGGAGCUUCUGUCGGAACCAAUUCCCAGGACAGAGCGAAGUUGAGCACCUGACCAAAGUGACUGGCCUCAGUACCAGAGAGGUACGGAAAUGGUUCAGUGACCGGAGAUACCACUGCCGCAACUUGAAGGGGUCCAGAGCCAUGAUGUCUGGAGAUCACAGCUCCAUCAUUAUUGACUCUGUGCCAGAGGUGUCCUUCUCCCCAUCAUCCAAGGCCCCCGAGGUAACCUGCAUCCCGACUGCACCCACAUUAGCAACCCACCCUUCCGCCAAACGACAAUCUUGGCACCAGACUCCAGACUUCACACCAACCAAAUACAAGGAGAGAGCCCCAGAGCAACUCCGAGCCUUGGAGAGCAGUUUUGCACAAAACCCCCUUCCUCUGGACGAGGAACUGGACCGCCUGAGGAGUGAAACCAAAAUGACCCGAAGAGAAAUUGAUAGCUGGUUUUCAGAGAGACGGAAAAAAGUGACAGCUGAGGACACCAAGAAGGCUGAUGAAAAUGUCUCUCAAGAGGAAGAGGAGGCUGCUGAAGACGAGGGUGGAGAUGAGGAUUUGGCCAGUGAGCUAAGGGUGCCUGGUGAAAAUGGCUCCCCAGAAUUGCCCGGCAAUCAUACCUUGGCAGAGCGCAAAGUCAGUCCCAUCAAAAUCAACCUCAAGAACCUGCGGGUCACUGAAGCCAAUGACAAGAGUGAGAUUCUAGGGAUGAGCAUCUGUGAGCCUGAGGAUGAAGGAUCGAACAAGCUGGCAGAGCAGCCCCCAGGCAAAGUUAGCUGCAAAAAGACGGCCCAGCAACGGCACUUGCUGCGGCAGCUCUUUGUCCAGACACAGUGGCCCAGCAACCAGGACUAUGAUGCCAUCAUGGCCCAGACGGGUCUGCCACGGCCAGAGGUGGUGCGCUGGUUUGGAGACAGCAGGUACGCCCUGAAGAAUGGCCAGCUCAAGUGGUACGAAGACUAUAAGCGGGGCAACUUCCCACCAGGGCUGUUGGUCAUUACCCCUGGCAACCAGCAGCUCCUGCAAGACUAUUACAUGGCACACAAGAUGCUGUAUGAGGAGGACCUGCAGAAUCUCUGUGACAAAACCCAGAUGAACCCCCAGCAAGUCAAGCAGUGGUUUGCUGAGAAAAUGGGUGAGGAGACCCGGGCUGUGGUGGACACAGGCCUUGAGGACCCGGGCCCUGGUGCUGGUGAGCCUGCAGCAGCUCACAGAGGGAAGGCUGACACCUAUUCCGAGGUAGCUGAGAACAGUGAGUUGUGGGAGCCCAGCGUCCCUGCGGCCAGCUCAGAGCCCUUUGACAAAUCGAGCCCCCAGGCUGGACUUCAGCUAGAAACAGACUGAAUUUGAUCCGAUUACUGUGAAGGACUGGCCUGUCUGGGAUGCCGCCUGCCCUGUGGAAGGGCCACCCUGACUGUCUGCUGCCACAUGCCGUUCCCGUGCGCGGCCGCUGGGCAUCCGAGAGCGCUUCUGGAGGCCUUGAAGACAGCCCAGAGCCCGCCACUGCUGCCGCCGCCCUCGCCUGCCCACCGCCAACAGCGGGAACAGGGUUCUCGCCAGUUCUUCCUCCACAGCGUGGGACCUUCCCUUUGCCUUCUAGUGGAUUAAAUAGUUCAGAUUUCAUAUUCAUAGACACAGAAUCAAGUGUUUAACAUAUACAGCUGCCUAUAUAUGUUAAAUAAAACAUCAGAUUAUAAACACUUUCUUUACAUAAAAACUUUGGUUAGCAAAGCAGCACAUGACCCUUCACAUCAUCUCUGAACAUGCCUGUGUCUGUUCUCUGGGGAUUGCUGGGUCACAGGUGCCCUCACCUUCCACAGUUGGGCAGGCACACUCAGAACUGCAUCUGGAACCUCCCCACUGGGUGUCCCCUUUGCAUUCCUAAAAGAAGCAAUACCUUUGAAGAGAUUCUGCUGCAUUGAGCUGUGACCAGCCAUGUUACAUGCCAGGCUUGCCUUGCCUUGUGGACUUCAGUGCAAAACCCACUGUUAACCUCAGUUCAAAAAACAGACCGGCUAAGUGAUUUGUGUUGGAUAUUUACCACUUUCUGUAGUCAUUAGCAUAACUCUGCUUUAUCAUGAACAUUGGAAUCAUGGACCAUAAGUUUUUAGUUAUUAGAUCAACUAAAGAAAUAUUUGUUGCUAAGCCUAAUGACCUAUGUGCCUGCCUUUUAAAAAUUUUUUAUUCUAGACACAUUUAGAGAGGAAAAUGGAAAAAAGCAAUGGGAGUAGGGAUGGAGAUGGAAGUGGUGGGAGUGUACAGUCACAAUCUGUAGCUCUGGCCACCGAGGUUGGCACUUUGGCCCUUUGUCUGCACUCACUUCAGAGCCUCCUGUGGUUUGGGAAGGAAGAACCCUUGGCCCAGUAUUAAGAGUAAGGGCAGAAAGGAUUCCAGGGCUUUCUGGAAUUAUCAGAGCUGGGGUAGUCUUCAGUACAAGGACAUAUAUAUGGGGGUCCUAGCCCUCAUGCCCGGGGCCUGGCUGGCAUGCUGGGUACACACCUGCAGGUGCUGAACAUCACUGGACAGGUCCUGGUUAGGAUGUUUCUAAAGCUUUAUAUCCCAAACUUGGAAAUAAGAACUCUAUCUACUUUACCCUCACCCUCAUUUCCUUUUUUGAAUUGAGAAAAUCAGGAAAACUUGCCUCAAAAAAUUAGAAAACUUGCUUGCAGAGCUUUACUAAAUGGUAAAUCCCUGAUUUCCCUAAGAGCAGUGAGUACAGGGAGUGGCUGUAGACCUGUCACCUGUAGCCCCCGUCACCUCUUAGAAACCACCUGCUUCCCAAAGUGCCAAGCCAUAGGCCUCAGGGCCUGGUGGGCACACUCCCCCUGGGGCUGGGCUGGGUGGAAGCACUUGGUGAGCCCCAAGAUACGGCAGCAGCUUUGGGCAGGAAACACUGCUGAUGGUUUAGGCGCUGUCUUCCUCCCCCAUCCCACCUAGGGAGGCAGGCCCUGCUGGCUUGGUUCUGAGGAUGGGCAUGGUGGUAGUACCUCCUGCCUUCCAGGAAAGGGCUUUCUUUGGAAACCAAAAGGCCUGAACCAUUGUUAUUCUGAAGUGUUGUCUUCUGUCCUUCUUGUCCCCCAAAGGGACCACCUCUUAUUUGUCUCUACCAGGGGACUUGUGAGUACCUGGCAAGUUUUGCGCCUAUUUUUGUAUCCUUUGCAUUUUGGGAGUGAAGCUACUUAGUCCUAAAAGCCUUUGAGGAAUGGCCAAGAAUGGUGAGUGAUUGCUUUCCUUCAGAGAACAGACACCUGGAAUUUCUCCUUUCGUGUUUGAGUACAUGCAGGUUAAUUUAUACAUACACAUAUACAGUACAAAGAUGCAUUUGAUACUUGUAAAACAUACACCUGACGUGUACAUGAGGAACUUGGUGGCACCUGGGUGUCGUGAAGUGGCCUGUGUUGGAGGGAAUGCCAGCGCUCUAGGUGGCUAGGCAGCCCAGCAUGAAGCCCUCUCCAGGAGUCAAGAGAAACUGUCCAGUGCCUCACCUCCAGAUCCUGCCAGCAUCACCUCUAGAGCCCUGCAUGCACUGGUGGAAGGGCUGUGUCUGUGGAGAGGCUUUUCUUGGUUAUUUUAUUUGUAUUCACUUUUAAUUUAGAAACCAAACAGUGAAGCAGAGUAUGUUGCUUGGUGGACAAGUUUAUACAGGACACAGAAAACAACCCAGCCUUGGGCACCAGCUCAUCUUUUAGGUGGAAGAGUUACAGUGCUGCCUGCCUUGGCACGUUUUUCCCCAAGUGUUGGCCCUGCCCAAUAGCCAGGGCUACACAAGACUGCCCAAGUGAGAGCCCAGCAACUGGACAGACCCUUCCCUUCCUGUGUUCUUGGAAGGGAAUGAGUCAGUGUGGUCUGCACCUCAUGCGUGAAAGAAUAAAACGAUCAAAGGUGAUGCUGAGGGAGGCUGUCAUCAGGCUGGUGCUUAAAGGGACAUUGUAGCAGGUACCCAAGGCUUUGGGGACAAAACCCUGAACAGAGCCAGUGGAGCAGAGACACGUCCACACGAGGCAGUGGGACAUGGGAUGGCAGCAGCCAGUCAUGCAGCCCUGUGGAAGGCCAGACGGCUGUGGUUUUGCACACUGCUGAGGUGAGCUCUGUGCUGUCUGUCGCCUUCUGCUGAAGGGUUCUAUGGGCUGCGGAGCUGAGAGGUGGGGCGGGGUUGGUCUCUCCUCAAGAAAAAGCCUGUUUUAUAAGGUGACUAAUCUCUCUUUUCUGUACACACUUGGACUCAUCAGAGAUAGUAAAAUCCUUUCAGCAUUUCUUGUUGCCUAUGACUUGUAGCUGUUAUGUUUUAUACAUGGGGUUAUAGAUCCAGUUCUCACAGGUGAAACCAGACCACCAUUCUGAUAAAGGACAUUUGAACUUUUGAUGCAUAUACUUUGCAUAUGCUGAUUACUUGUUUUCAUUUUUGGCUUUAGAGGAGCUUUUUGAUUUGAGAAGAGUAUUUUUUUGGCUUCCUGAAAAAGAAUGCCCUACUUGGAUGGGCUGCUAGCACUUGGGGUUUGGUAUUUGUGUCCAAGACUGUACCCCUUAGACCUCUUUUCUCUUGGCCGAGUGACCGAGAUGUUCAGGUGGACCAAAGCACCUUGACCCAAGGACCCCAAAUCCUGCUGUCUGGUAGCAAAAGGAGGGUGUUGGUGGUACCUUGUGGGCUCCCAUGUUUACUAUUGGUCUCAUCCCCAGCUGACUUUGGGAGGCUGUCUUACCAGGAAGUUUGUGUUAUCCAGGCUGAAAUGUGGCUCUCGUGGGUUUUAUCCUGCCCAGUGACAGGUCCUGUGUUCCCUCCUGAGACAGAGGGCGGGUGUUGCCUUUCUACUGGAUGCUUUGGGCGUCCUCUCCCUCAGCUCCAUGCUCAUGCUGUCCCUGUCUUGGGUCCUGUUGCCUCUUAUUUUUCUAGUUUCUUCAUUGACCCAAAUCCUCAGACUGGACCAGCUUUGUCAACUUGAACAUCAUAGCCCAAUUGGAUCAAAGCACUGUGCAGGGGAGGAGAUCCAGGCAAAGAGAAAAUCUUAAAACCAAACCUGAAGUUUGGCCUUUUCCUAAAGUCCCCCAACUUUUUCCUUGCUCAGAGUCUAUCUGGGGGGAGUUUAUCAGUUCACCCCUCUUUUGCAGAAGAUGUACUUUAGUAUUAAGUUUAAAUCUCCAUGUCUCACAUUCAUUUGCAAGGCUCACUUGUAUGUUGGAGAAGAAAAAUCUUCUAGACACAGGAAGGUCCACACAGCCAGAGUUCUAGGCCAGAGUGCAGUAGCUGGCCCAGGUUGGGCCGCUGCAGGGCCUGGUCCUGCUCCUGCUCACUCCAGAUGGAGAGCCCCCUCUUCAUGGUCUCUUGACCAGCUUCCUGCCCUCUCUGUCGCUGAGCACAAGCCUCUCCCAAGCAUCUGCUCAGUCCGUGGCUGGCCAGGGAGCACCUGAGCUCUGGAUCGCUCCCCAAGUGAGCUUCAGUCUGUGGUAGCCACCAUGCGGCUCCUCUGGCCAUUUAAAUGAGACAAGGCCAGGGUUGGGGUGUGCAUAGCCAGGGCUGAUGUGGCUGAGGAGACCUUAUCAGCAAAGUGACCAACAGUUCUCGUUUUGGUCAAGUGACUAGAUGAAGUGUCAGUCAAGGGGCUGCUUGGCUUGUGGCCCAGCCCAGCUUUAAGUGCAAAUCGAACCAACAAGUUUCUGCUGGAACAUGCCAGGCCACGCUGGGAAGGGUAGCGUGUGUCAGGGUAGCUAACUCAAGCCCUCUCUGAACUGAGGCAGCAUCAGUUGGACUUGGCUGUGAUGUGACAGGAGUAUACACAGAGCUCUCCCAUCAACACUAGCCUGCCAUCCUGGGACUGCCCAUGAAUCUGACCUCUAUACCAGCCUGGAGAUGGGAUAGUGAAGAGUUUCCUCUUAGCCCUGGCUGGAUACAGCAGGAAUCAUCCAUUCUACCUGCACUGAUGUCUAUAGCAGGGGAAGAAACCCAGAAGCUUGGGAUGAGACUAAGCAGACUAUGGUUACCAUAUGAACAAGGACAGGCAAGCACCCCUUCCUUGAUUUAAAAAAAAAAAAAUCCCAUCUUGUAAUUUGCACAACAGCGAGGAUUCACAAAGAAUGUAUAGCUACUGCUUUGCUGUUGCUGGCCCUGCAGCCUUCAGAACCUGGGGCUGCUCCAGUGAGGCAGAGCCGAGGGAGCACGGUGAGCAGGGCAUCUCCUCUUGUGGCCGCCUGUCUUCCCCACUGUCCACUCAUGUAGGUGGUGAGCUCCAGGGCACCUGAGGGCAAUCAGUGUUCACCUGCCAUUAUUAACAUGCCUCUUCCUUCAGGAGACCAGCUUGGGGAACCUGUGUCCAGGCACCUGUAUGUGGUAACAGCAUUUCUUGUCUAAUGCUUUUUAAACUCCUUCCUUUCCAUGAUGAAUGAUUUAAAAUUACUCAGUGUGACUGGAGUUGAAGGUGAAAUGUCCAAGAUAAAGGAUGUUCAGUCACUGUGUUGUUUGCUCUUUCCAAGAGUCACACCCAAGUAGAAAUGCUGAGGGGAGCACUCACCACGUACGUGGCACCUGUGUCCUGUAAUCUGUGUUUAAGGGAGAGACCUUGUCACCCGUUCGUGGUUCAUUGUCAAUACAGCUCCCGUUCUUGCACUUUGCUUGAAAUAGGGUAGAGCUCCAUGUGAGACUGUUGGCUGGAGCCUGGAGAGCUGGUGCCCACUCCUCCCCUUCCCCCAGAGUGAUCAUCAGGCUGCUUGCCACAAAACUGGGCCAGGGCUGGGGGAAAUGGUUGCCCCCGUGCGGCAAGUUCCACCACACUUCUGAGCAGUUGCUUUGUUCAGCUGGGUCAGGGGGUCAGACUGUGCCAUAAUUGUUAUUAAAGAGAAAACAUGCCAACCUUCCCCUGUCCCCUGCUGGCCAUUGUUCAUUGAGAGUUUCACUGAGCACGGCCUUUGUGGAAGUCAGGGAGGUUGCCAAAGGCCUACAGAUCUGCCGAGGGCCCCCCCGUCUGCUUUCCUGCGUCCAUUUGUAUUCUGGUCUUCAGUGCAGACCCCUUUGUUCCCUGUAGCUGGACUGGUGGGAAGUGAAGCUGGGAAGUAGCCGCUGGUGGGUGCUGGUAGUGUGCUCCCCAGCUCUAGAGCCAGCGGAAGGAGUGAUCAUCUUGGUGCUAAAAGGCAACUGCCCUGUCACUGGAAGCAAACUGACACUUUAGCCAAACUGUACAAAAGGAUCCUGUCUCCUGCUGGGCCGUGCAGGAGAGACCAAACCAAGAAAAUGGCAUAUUCUGUCACAUAGGCCUGGGUAGAAGGGGAAUUCUUUGCUCUGGGUAAAUGUUUUUUUAACACAAAAACAUUGACUUUGGUUUGGACUGUGGUGGUGCUGAGGUAGAGGGAGCCUAGUUGCCUUCUCUGGGCUGAGUCUCCAGGCCUCACAAGGUCCCCUGUGGGGAUGCUGCUAUCUCUAAUGCAAAUUGCACAUUUCUUACAUUUUGUAUCUCGUGGAUUUGGAUAAGUGAGGUUUAUCCACAUAGGAGGAUAAGGGGAGGGGAACAGGGACAAAUUGCUUGUCUGGUUUGAAAUGGGACUCAAUGGUACUUCAAACCUUUUGGUUGUUCCUAAAUAAAACUGUAAAUAACA